AUACAGGACCGUCUGGGAAAUCAAACAGCGGUCAAUUGUGGAUAUGGCCGCCGCGAGAGGAGCGUUCAUUGACAAGAGUCAAAGUCUGAACAUCCACAUGGACCAGCCUAACUUUGGAAAGCUUACUUCUCUUCACUUCUACACCUGGACGAAGGGUUUGAAAACAGGCAUGUAUUAUUUGCGGUCGAGAGCUGCCUCAGACGCAAUCAAAUUUACAGUGGAUCAAAGUAGUAUUAAGAGUAAGCAAGAAACACCUGCGGCAGUUGUCUCUAACAAUCUGGAGGAAAAGAUGUCUCAAAUGGUGUGUUCGCUUGAGAACAAGGACGAAUGUAUGUCAAGUGGCAGUUAACGGGUC